AUGUCAGAGAAUCUGGAAAUCACAUCGUCUGUGCAACAAAGGACAGACAAGAGUCAAGAGGCGACCAAAGUUGCUGUGAUGACAAAGUUUGAUAAAAUCCUCUCGUGCCCACGCUGCAACAGCAUAGAAACAAAAUCCUGCUACUUGAACAAUUACAAUGUUAAUCAGUCUAGACAUUUCUGCAGGAAUUGCCAGAGAUAUUGGCCAACUGGAGGAGCUAUAAAGAAACUUCCCAUUAGAGCAGGUCGUUGUAAGAGUAAGCAUGCAUCUUCCUAUCUCCGACCAGUAACAACAUCCUCUCAUAAAGAAUUUCUAUUUCCUUUCAUAUCCCCAACAAUUCCAGAGGUUUGCAUUCAAAACAUUACCAUUCCACUUGUGCCUUCCACUUGUAUCAAAAGACUAUCUGCUACAUACAAUGACUGUUCCGGAAAUACAUCUACUUGUCCAUCUUUGAGGAAACAUUCAAGGGAUUUAAAUUUACAACAAGACGAGAGAAAUGACAAGGGUCUUUGUUUACCAAAGACUCUGAGAAUAGUUAUUGACCCUGUGGCAGCUGCAAAAAGUUGUAUAUGGAGUACAUUAGGAAUUAAACCACCUGGACAAAGGGAUCCCGUUCCCGAUGGGUGUAUGUUUAGAGCGUUUCAAUUCAGGCCUGAAGCAAACGCGGAAACAUCACAAGUUUUCAAGGUGUUGGAAGCAAAUCCUGUAGCACUUUCAAGAUCACAGUUGUUCCGUGAAACUACUUAG